UGAGGAGGAGGAGGAGGGAAGAUGGCGACCUCAAACAAUCCGCGGAAAUUCAGUGAAAAAAUUGCCCUGCACAACCAGAAGCAGGCAGAGGAGACGGCCGCUUUCGAGGAGGUCAUGAAGGACCUGAGCAUCACCCGGGCUGCACGGUUACAGCUACAGAAGACCCAAUAUUUGCAGUUGGGACAGAGCCGUGGUCAGUACUAUGGAGGGUCUCUGCCAAACGUCAAUCAGAUUGGGAGCAGUGCCAUUGACCUGCCUUUUCAGACUCCAUUUCAGUCUUCUGGAUUAGACACCAGCAGGACAACUCGACAUCAUGGGUUGGUGGACAGAGUAUAUCGUGACCGAAAUCGCCUCGGAUCACCUCACAGAAGGCCUUUAUCGGUGGACAAACAUGGACGGCAAAUAGAUAGCUGUCCAUAUGGAUCUGUGUAUUUGUCACCUCCGCCGGACACUAGUUGGAGAAGGACCAAUUCAGAUUCCGCAUUACAUCAAAGUACAAUGAACCCUAGUCAGCAAGAGACUUUCAGUGGCAGCUCCCAAGAUGCCCAUCAGAAACGAGUCUUGCUAUUAACAGUCCCAGGAAUGGAAGAUAAUUCUUCAGAUGUGGAUAAAUCGAUAAACAAGCAAGGAUGGGAUGCAAAGAAGACAGGAUCUUCAAGGCCUAAAUCAUGUGAAGUUCCUGGAAUAAACAUUUAUCCAUCAACUGACCAAGAGAACACUACAAGCCUAAUCCCUGGUGCACAUAACACAGGCGGUUCAUUACCUGACCUGACAAACAUCCACUUUCCUUCUCCGUUGCCUAUCCCGUUAGAUCCUGAGGAGUCCACCUUCCCCACCUUGAGUAACUCCAAUAGCACUGGAAAUCUAGCAUCCAAUUUAACUCACCUGGGCAUCGGUUCUGCAAGUUCAGGUAUGACAACAACGCAAGGAACAGUCACAGGGUCAUCACAGCAACGGCAGCCCCCUGUAAAUCCACUGACAUUAAAUUCAGACUCCAGAAGGCAACAGCCCCAACAGAUGUCUCCAACAAUAUCCCCUCUUUCACCUCUUACUCAGGCUGUGGCAAUGGACGCAUUAUCUCUCGAGCAGCAGUUACCACCCUACGCCUUUUUUACACAGCAAAGUUCGCAGCAGCAAACUCAAGUGCCAAGCGGCCUGUCUCAGAAUUCCUCGUUAAUGCAAGGUUCUGGUUUGCAACGAGGAUCCCAGCUCCCUCCCCUAACCGUCACAAUAGCAACUACCAUCCCACAGUCACCCCCAGGAAAUCAGAGUCCAUCAGCGUUGGCUAUAGAUAUCAACUCGGCCUCCCUCCAGCAGUACCGCAGUAAUGCUGGAUCCCCAGCCAACCAGUCUCCCACUUCUCCUGUCUCCAAUCAAGGCUUCUCUCCAGGCAGCUCCCCUCAACAUUCAAUCCUCGGAAGUGUGUUUGGAGACUCUUAUUAUGACCAACAGAUGACUGCACGGCAGACUAAUGCUCUAUCUCACCAGCUUGAACAGUUUAAUAUGAUAGAAAAUGCUAUUAGCUCAAACAGCCUCUACAGCCCAUGCUCAACCCUCAACUACUCUCAGGCAGCCAUGAUGGGACUAACAAGUAGCCACAGCAGCUUGCACGACUCACAGCAUCUUAAUUAUUCCAGCCAUGGCAACAUCCCCAACAUCAUCCUCACAGUAACGGGAGAGUCUCCGCCUAGUUUAUCAAAGGAAUUGACCAACUCAUUGGCGGGUGUGGGAGAUGUGAGUUUUGAUUCAGAUUCUCAAUUUCCCUUGGAUGAACUGAAAAUUGAUCCUUUGACACUGGAUGGGCUGCAUAUGCUUAAUGACCCAGAUAUGGUCCUCACUGACCCUGCCACAGAAGAUACUUUCAGGAUGGACCGAUUGUAGAGUGAAUAUGCCAUACAAAGAAAUAUAAUGCUGCCCAUUCCCCAGCUGAGCAUAAAAAGUUCAGGGGGUCAGUCAUGUCUAAGGCGAUUGCUGAGAUGUGUUGCGCUGUGAUAUACAAUGAGUAAUAACUUGUUGUCCUAAGCUUGCAAUGCUAAGAAUCCCUCAUUGUGCGCCAUGUUUUUAUCUUAAUCCACUCGCUUCACCCUAAGGAAGAAGGAUUAGACCUGAAAUUGUCCCAUUUGCCUCCAAAAUUACAACAUGCAGUUAUCCAUUAGGAAUUCACACUGGAUGUUCUUUUUGCUUAUUUUUUUCAUCUAUUGUAUGGCCUCAGCAGAAUCAUGUAUGUGACAUCAAGCCUGUCAACUCUUCCAAAGACCAACAGGCCACAGUCUGUUACCUGGAUAUUUAAAUAUGUCUUUUUAUGCAGAUGGAUAAUAACCCGUCUCUAAACCUUCUAUGCCUAAAAAACAUCCAGCCUUCCCUGAAAGAGCUGCCACACAUCCAGAAUCUGAUAAGCAAAUGAAAAUUAAAAUGGAGCACGGGAAAUGUUUGCAGCUCUGUCUCUUGGUUGCUAAUUGUAUGAAUAUUAUUCUUAUUGUUUGCUGUCUUUGUUAAUGGUUAUUUGUAACCAAGUUGCUGCCCGAAAGUCUAGCAACUGUAAGUUUAGUAAAUGACUUAUUUGUA